GGCUCUGCCAUUGACAAAAUGACCUUGGAUGAGCCUGUGCUUCCUGCUGGGCUCCAAAUACUAUCUGACCAUGAUGAGGUAGGUGGAUGAUAUCAUCUCUGAGGUAGUGUCUCAACAGUGAGAUGUGGGGAUUUUAAACUCCUGUUCUCAGAGCUUGGGUCUGCAGUGUGUGCCAGCUGGGAGCACAAUCCCUGUGUCACCUUCCUAGGCUGAUACAUGGGCGUAGGCUCUGCCCUCAUCUGCUAUGCCAAGGGUCAGAGCCAUGGCCUGCCAGAAGCCCCCUGGAGGUGGGUAUUUGCACUGAGGAGUUUUGCUUCUGCAUGGGGGAUGUCUGAGAGGUGGCGGGGAGGGAAGUGUGUGGGCAGGUGGCUCCUUAUCUGCAGUGAAAUCAAGAGUAAGGCCAUCUGUCUUUGUUAGGAAUGCAUAUGCUAGGAAUUUUACCUUGUCAAAGUUUUAUUCUAGUCCAGACCUACAGAUGGAGCAGGCAUUUACUGGAACUGAAGGGAGAGGACAGGGAAAGUAGCACAUCAGGCAGAGGGAAUAGCAUGCACAGUGGCUCUGAGAUGGGGGAGAGUGUGAUGUUUGAGCACCUGAAAAAAGUGAGUGGAAAUAGGCUGGAGGAGGCAGGAAGUAGCAUGCACAGGGUCUGGCUGGCCAUGGUGAGGAUGCUGAACCUGCUUGUGAGACCUAACUCUGAAAGGCUUAGAGCAGAGGGAAUAUGACUAGACCUGUAGUUUGGCUGCCACAAGGAGAAAGGAUAGAGCAGAGCCCAAGUGGAUGUGUGGUUUUGAAUAGGAGGUUAACACAGUCAUUAGCUAUAGGUGACAGUACAGAGACUAGACUGGUGGGGCAGGGAUGGAGAGAGGUGGAUGGGCUUGAAAUAUACAUAGAAGGAAAAGCCAUUUGGCACUGAUUUGGCUACAGAGGGUGAGGGAAAAGGAUGUAUCAGAAGUAACUCCUUGAUUCUGGAUUCUGUAGCUACGUGAAAGGUGGUGAUCUUGGUAAGAUGAGGAACUCUGGAGAGGUCAGGCCUAUAAAGGUGCUCAAGUUCAACAUGAUAUAAUGAGCUUGAAGUCCAUUUGAGACAUCUAAGUGGGGUUUUGUUAGUGGGUUUAGUGGAUCAAUCUAAGUUUGCAAGCUUUGCUGGCUAUGGUGAGGCAAUUGUACCUGAUUUUAAGAGCAAUGAGAAGACUUUAAAAGGGUUUGGGAAGAUGGGGCCAUGCUUUUGGCUUCAUUGUGAGAACAGAUUGGAAGAGAGCCAGAAAGAAAGUAUGGGAACCUCUGGAGGUGAAGGUACAUGGCAGUUGCAGCAGGGAUGCUAAUGGGACCACUGAGAAGAGAGAAGCAAGAGUGGGCCACUGGCUCCUAUCUCUCCCAUGAAAUGUGGGCAGCUUUCCCCUCUCUAGACCUGGGCCUCCCCAUUGGAAAGGAGCACUUUGGUCUGUAUAGUCGGGCCACCUCAGGCUCUCGUACCCCAGUUUGGGAUCACUGCAUCUGCUUUCUCGGGAACAGAUCAGUAUUUCUAUGGCAAGGGAGACUGGAGAAGAGUCUCUGCAGGACCAAGAAGAGGACCCUUUGCUCACUUGCAUCUGGGAAAGAGGGUUGCAAUUUGCAUGAAAGAGGCAGGCAGCAGUACACAGAUGGCAGCUCUGUAAUUGCAUUUCUGUGCCUCACAGCUCCUGGAGCACUGCAUCUGGGACUGCUGGGUUCCUUCAAACUCAGUUCCAGGGAGACCAGGACUGAGAAGAACCGGCUUGCUGAAGGUCCCUCCUGCACCUAUGUGGAAGGCCCGGGAGGUCAACUACUGCCCAGGGAUGCAGCCUGGGGAGAAUUUCUGAGCUGUAUGGCCCAGUGUGGACCUUGGCAUAUCCUGGAGACUGUUACAAUCUGCCUUCAAACCCUCUUACUUCACAGGGUCCCCAGAUAUUUGGUUAAACAUCAUCCUGGGUGUGUCUGUGAAGGUGUUUCUGGAGCAGAUUAAUAGUUGGACUCGUAGACUGCUUAAAACAGAUUUCCCUCCUCUAUGUGGGUGGGUCUCAUCCAGUCUGUUGGAGGUAUGAAUAGAACAAAGGUGCAGAUAAGAGAAUUCUCUCUCUCUACUUGACUGAGGUGGCACAUGUGUCUUCUCUUACCUUCAGACUCAGACUUGGACCGUAUCUCACACCAUUUGCCCUCCUGGUUCUCAGGCCUCCUGCUUGCUGACUAAAUAUUUUGGGACAUUUCAGCCUCCAUAACCAUGUGAGCUGAUUCUUUAUAAUAAAUAAAUAAAUAAAUAAAUAAAUAAAUAAAUAAUUAUCCUAUUGAUUCUGUUUCUCUGGAGAACCCUAAUGCAAUGUCACAGGCA